GUCUCCGCCGCUGCCGCCCUGUCCCGCCCCAGGGCAAAGGUCGGGGAGCGGGGCUCAGGGGGGCGGAGGCGGCCGCGAUUGGCCGGGGGCGGGGCGGCGGGGACGCUGCCGGGGCCGGAGCGGGAGCGGAGCCGGCGUUGCGGCCGGGGCGCUGCGGCCGGGGCCAGGGCGCAGCGAUGGUGGACAGCGUGUACCGGACGCGGUCGCUGGGGGUAGCGGCGGAGGGGCUGCCGGACCAGUACGCGGACGGGCGGGCGGCGCGCGUGUGGCAGCUGUACAUCGGGGACACGCGGAGCCGGACGGCCGAGUACCGCAGCUGGCUCCUGGCGCUGCUCCGGCAGCACCGCUGCCGCUCCGUGCUCGACGUGGCCUGCGGCACCGGGGUGGACUCCAUCAUGCUGCUCGAGGAGGGCUUCCAGGUGACGAGCGUAGACGCCAGCGACAAGAUGCUCAAGUACGCGCUAAAGGAGCGCUGGGAGCGGCGCAAGGAGGAGCCCUUCGACCGAUGGGUCAUUGAGGAAGCCAACUGGCUCACCCUGGAGAAGGACCUGGAGAAGCCGGGGGACGGGUUUGAUGCAGUCAUCUGCCUGGGCAACUCCUUCGCACACCUGCCCGACUUCAAAGGGGACCAGAGUGAGCACAAGCUGGCCCUGAGGAACAUUGCCAGCAUGGUGCGGCCUGGGGGAGUUCUGGUCAUUGACCACCGCAACUACGACCACAUUCUGGCCACGGGCUGCGCACCGCCCGGCAAGAACAUCUACUACAAGAGUGACUUGACCAAGGACAUCACCACCUCGGUGCUGCUGGUCAACAACAAGGCGCACAUGGUGACCCUGGACUACACGGUGCAGGUGCCUCCCAUGGAGUCAGGAGCAGCCCCAGAACUGAGCAAGUUUCGGCUCUCAUACUACCCACACCGGCUUGAGGCCUUCACAGCCCUCCUGAAAGGUGCCUUCCAGGGGAAGUGCCAGCACACCGUCCUGGGCGACUUCCAGCCCUACAUGCCUGGGCAGGCCCACAUCCCCUGCUACUUCAUCCACGUCGUCAAGAAGACAGCCUGAGGGGGCCCGUGGAGAUGGGACUGUGGUGGCUGAGAGCUGCAUGUGGCUCUGGGGACCAGCACAAGGCUGGGGAUGUCACUGAGAGGUCCCUGGGAGACCCCUCGCCUUCAUUAAGAGCACUCAUGAGAGCUACUGGA